UCUUCCCACUUGGAAGGAGGAUCGUCUGGAAACCGGGACACCGGACCACUUCACACUCACACUCUACAACGGCGACCUUUUCGUUUUUCUUUUCUUCAACAAACCGUUUCGGAGUUACAGUCUUAGUUUCGUUCAUGCUGUGCUGAGGUAGAGGAGCUGAAGAUGAAGACCAGGCUGUCUGUGGCGACGGCCGCCCUGCUGGCACUGCUGCUGUCCUCCUGUCAGGCCCAGGACGAAGUCGCCCCGCCGUCAGAUUUGAGAUUUAAGAUUUUAAAUGAGAACACAGUACAAAUGUUGUGGACCAAACCAGUCACGAGGGUACAAGGCUACAGGAUACAAGUGACCUCAGACACAGAGGAACCAGUGAAGGAAUUUACUCUGCCUGCUUCUGCAUCCAAGACCUCCAUCUCAGACUUGAGGCCAGAUGUGGACUAUGUCAUAACGAUAUUGGCGUACGCCGGAUCAGAGGAAAGUCUACCGAUCUCCGGCCAGAUCACAAUUCAGUCAAGCAGCAACAGUAGAACAAGAGGACCUUCUAGAAGACCACAAGCUGCAGAUUCAAUCAAAUGCUCAGUUAGCGCCGUUGCGGACCUGCUGUUCCUGGUGGAUGGCUCCUGGAGCGUCGGCAGGCAAAACUUCAAAUUCAUCCGUAACUUUAUUGCAGCGACAGCCGGCGCCUUUCAGAUCGGGGAGGACAAAACCCGUGUGGGUGUGUUUCAGUACAGCACCGACACCCGGACAGAGUUUAAUCUGAACAAACACCUGACACGACCAGCGCUCCUGAAGGCCAUCAGCUCGCUGCCCUACAAAGGAGGCAACACAAUGACAGGCGACGCCUUGGACUACCUCCUAAAAAACACUUUGACGGAGGCGACCGGUGCCAGGAGCGAAUUUCCCAAAGUGCUCGUUAUCAUCACAGACGGCAAAUCUCAGGAUGGUGUGGAGAGUUCUGCCAAGCAGCUCCGCAGCAGGGGGGUGGAGAUCUUCGUCCUCGGGAUCCAAAAUGCAGAUGAGCAGGAGAUGAAGCUCCUGGCUUCCACACCUCACAGAAGUCACAUCUAUAGUGUUGCCAACUUUGAUAUGAUCAAGAACAUCCAGCAAGACUUCAUCACCCAAGUGUGCACUGCUGUGGAAAAUCAGCUCAACUCACUCGCGAGUGGAGAAGAAGUUGUUGAGCCGGCAUCUAACCUCCAAGUUCUGGAGGUGGCCUCCAAGUCCAUGCGUGUGACCUGGGAUGCCUCCAUUGGGGAUGUUACUGGAUAUAAGCUGCAGAUCAUUCCCAUGAUGGCUGGUUAUAAACGGCAAGAGUUGUACGUGGGCCCAACCCAGACCUCCGUGGUGGUUAAAGACCUUUCUCCAGAAACAGAGUACCAGAUCAGUCUGUUUGCCCUGAAGGGCCUCACACCCAGUGAGCCCAUCAUGGCCAUGGAGAUGACCCAGCCAGUCAAAGUGUCAUUGGAAUGUUCUCUUGGGGUGGAUGUGCAAGCUGAUGUGGUCCUCCUUGUUGAUGGUUCAUACAGCAUCGGGUUAGCUAACUUUGCUAAAGUAAGAGCAUUCCUGGAGGUGCUGGUUAACACUUUUGAUAUUGGACCAGAUAAAGUUCAGAUCAGCUUGGUCCAGUACAGCAGGGACCCCCACCCUGAGUUCUACCUAAACACACAUCAUGACCUGAAUGCUGUGGUCAGGGCUGUGAGGAAUUUCCCUUACCGUGGGGGAUCUACCAAUACUGGCAGAGCCAUGGCCUAUGUGAGGGAGAAGAUCUUCCAGACUGCAAAAGGGGCACGCGCCAAUGUUCCACGUGUUACCAUCCUCAUCACUGAUGGAAAGUCAUCUGACGCUUUCCAGGAGCCAGCCACAAGGCUGAGGAAUUCUGAUGUGGAGAUCUUUGCAGUUGGUGUAAAGGAUGCUGUACGAAGUGAGCUUGAGGCCAUUGCAAAUACUCCUGCAGAGACCCAUGUUUACACUGUCGAGGACUUUGAUGCUUUCCAGAAAAUCUCUAAAGAACUUACCCAGUCCAUCUGUCUAAGGAUUGAGCAGGAACUGCGUAUCAUCCUCCAAAGAAGUCUGAUCUCACCGAAGUCCUUGUCUUUCUCGGAGGUGAGCCCCAGAAGCCUCAGGGCCACGUGGGAAACCAAUGCCACCAACGCCAAUUCCUACAUGGUCCAUUUCAAGCCAGCAGAUGAUGCUGAUGGACAUUUUGUGUCCAUGUCCGUCCCCGGGGACACCCUCACUGCAGUCCUUCCCCACCUCAACCCGCUCACCCGCUAUCAAGUCAACAUUUACGCCCAGUAUGACAAAGGAGACAGCCUCCCUCUGACAGGCUACGAGACCACUUCAGAAGAAAAAGGCCCUGUGCCGAACCUGAGGGUUUCCAACGAGACAACGGACAGCUUCCGUGUGUCGUGGCAGCCGGCUGCUGGUGCUGUGGUCAAAUACCGGUUGACCUACCAACCGGACGGGGAAGAGAGUUCCAGUCUGGAGAUGACGUCUGAUCGCACAGAGGCAAUGGUCGCUCAGCUUCAACCUCAAACCACCUACCGCGUCACCGUAACACCUAUGUACCAGUCCGGCUUUGGAACCCCAACACAGGCUGAUGGUACCACCAAAGAAGCCAGGGGUUCCCCUCAUAACCUGAGGGUUUCUGAUGAGACAGUGUCCUCCAUGAAGCUUCAAUGGGAUCCAGCUCCAGGGAACGUGCAGCAGUACCGGGUGACCUACAGACCCACUGCUGGUGGUCCCAAGAAGGACAUGAUUGUGAAAGGAGACAUUACCGCUGUGCUCCUGAAGAACCUGCAACCAGGAACCCAGUAUGACAUCUCUGUUAGCCCACGUUACCCUAAUGGCCCAGGAAACACCGUGGAGGGACAAGGCACCACGCUAGAAGACGUUGGUCCUCCUAAAAACCUCGUCACCAGCGACGUAACUGACACUAGCUUUGGUGCAUCGUGGACUGCGGCGCCAGGGAACGUGAAGCAGUACCGCGUUCGAUGGAAGUCGCUGUUCUCUGAGCAGGCUGGAGAGAAAACUGUACCAGGAUCAGUGACCAACACGGUGCUGGAAGGUCUGAACCCAGAGACGCUCUACCAGGUCGCAGUGGUCGCCGAUUACGGUCACACAGACAGCGAGCCGCUUACCGGGCUGGAAACCACUGACGCAUCUGCUGCUGGUAAGACGCUCACUGUGUCAGAUGAGACAGAGCGAACCAUGAAAGUCACGUGGUCGCCUGCUCCGGGCAAGGUUCUCCACUACCGGCUGAAGUAUGUUCCCCAAGGUGGAACCAGAGAAGUGGCCCUCAAAAUCCCACGGACGUUCACUUCAACCAUCAUGAAGCGCCUUCAGCCCAUGACCACGUACAACAUCACCGUUCACCCCAUCUACAAGCGCGGGGAAGGAAAAGCAAGGCAAGGAGUAGGAACGACACUUUCGCCUUUCAAACCUCCCAGGAACCUGCAGACAUCAGAGCUGACCACGAACAGUUUCAGAGUCUCCUGGGAUCAUGCACCUGGAGAUGUUAAGGGCUACAAAGUGACAUUUCACCCCACAGGGAAUGAAGUCGACUUGGCAGAGAUGUUGGUUGGUCCCUUUGAUAACACAAUAGUUCUUGAAGAGCUCAGGGCUGGAACAAAGUACUCGGUAGCUGUGUUUGGGGUGUUUGACGGUGGGCAGAGUUUACCUCUGGCAGGAGAGGAGAGGACGACCCUCAAUGGUGGUCCUGAAAUGCCUCCUGAUGAUUCUUCUGACCAUCAGGAGCCUCAGUGUAAAACCAGUGCCAAGGCCGACAUCGUGCUGCUGGUCGACGGCUCCUGGAGCAUUGGCCGUCUGAACUUUAAGACCAUCAGGACCUUCAUCAGGCGUAUGGUUAGCGUCUUCGACAUCGGCCCUGACAGAGUGCAGAUUGGUUUGGCUCAGUACAGUGGAGAUCCAAAGACUGAGUGGCACCUGAACGCUCACCCCAACAAACCCUCCCUGCUGAAUGCCAUAGACAACCUGCCAUACAAAGGAGGCAACACCAUGACAGGUCUGGCGCUCAACUACAUCCUCCAGAACAACUUCAAACCCAACGUGGGAAUGCGUCCAGACUCCCGCAAAAUUGGAGUUUUGGUCACUGACGGAAAGUCCCAGGAUGACAUCAUCGUCAACUCACAGAACCUGAGGGACAGUGGCAUUGAGCUUUAUGCUAUCGGUGUGAAGAACGCCGACGAGAAUGAACUGAGGUCCAUAGCAUCUGACCCCGAUGACAUUCACAUGUACAACGUCAAUGACUUCCAGUUCCUUCUGGACAUUGUUGAUGACCUCACAAACAACCUCUGUAACAGUGUCAAAGGUUCAGGGGAUGAGAUGGGGCCGCCCACUGACCUGGUGACCUCAGAGGUGACCCACCGCUCCUUCCGGGCCAACUGGACGGCACCUGGUGGCCCUGUGGAUCAGUAUCGUGUCGUAUACCAGCCUAUGGCUGGAGGAGCCACUGAGGAGGUGCUGGUUGAUGGAUCAGAGACCACUUUAGUGCUGGAGAACCUCACACCUCUGACCGAGUACCUCGUCAAUGUCUACGCUGUGGUCAACGGGAUAAGCAGCGAACCUCUGAAGGACACUGAGACCACGUUGCCUCUGGCAGCGGUGAAGAACAUGGACGUUUAUGAUGAGACCAUGAGCACCAUGAGGGUGAGGUGGGAUCAAGCGGCGGGUGCCACAGGCUACAUGCUGCUGUACAAAGCUAUCAACGCCACCGGGCCGCAGCCUGAGAAAGAGCUUCGUGUUGGAGGAGACGUGAAUGACGUCCAGCUGACGGAGCUGAUUCCCAACACGGCAUACGCCAUCAGUCUUUACGGUCUGCACAGUGAAACUGCCAGCGAGCCCCUGGAGGGGACGGCAGUCACACUGCCCAUGCCUCCGCCUGGAGCCGUGACAAUCACUGAUGUUACUCACAGCACCAUGAAGCUGAACUGGGACGCGGCUCCAGGACGAGUCCGCAAAUACAUGAUCACCUACAAACCAGAGGACGGAGAUCUAAAGGAGGAGGAAGUCAGUGGUGACGUCACCACCCUGGAUCUGUCUGGCCUCAUUUCUCAGUCGGAGUACGACGUGGCCGUCACCCCCAUCUAUGAUGAGGGACCUGGAACCCCGAUGCUUGGAAAUGCUUUCACAGAUGUUGUUCCUGCACCGAAGAACCUGCAGUUCUCUGACGUGACCCAGUCCUCCUUCAGAGCCACCUGGGAACAUGGAGCCCCGGAUGUGGCCCUUUACCGCAUAGCCUGGGCCAAGAAGGACGGGGAAAACGCUGGAGAUGCCAUCCUGAAUAGUGACGACAACACCCACGUUCUAGAGAACCUGGACAUUGACACUGAAUACGAUGUCACUGUUACCGCCAUCUACCCAGAUGAGUCAGAGAGUGAAGGCCUGAUUGGAAGCGAGAGCACACUGUCAAAGACUCCAGUGGUGCCCCCUGAACCUCCUCAAAACCUGCGGGUCUUCAAUGCCACCACCAGCACGCUGUCGGCCAAGUGGGAUGCUGCCCCCGGCGCCGUCCAGAGCUAUAGAGUCACCUACCAGCCUGCCGCCGGCGGAGAGCCUGUGCUUAUGGAGACAAAGAAGACCACAACGAUUCUGCAGAAUCUGCAACCCGACACGCCGUACUCCGUCAGUGUGGCCGCUGUCUAUCCCACCAGCAUCAGCAAAGACAUCUCUGGUCAAGGAAAAACAAAGCCUCUGGGUGGAGUGAAGAAUCUGCAGGUCUUGAACCCGACCAUAACCACCCUGAACGUGCGCUGGGAGCCCGCCGAGGGCCGAGUGAGAGAGUACAAAGUUGUUUACGCUCCCGCCGCUGGAGGACCCGAGAGCAUGGUAGGACUGGAACAAGUGUCGCCGGGCACAACCAACACCAUCCUGCGAGGUCUACAGCCUGACACCCUGUACACUGUGUCCCUGGUUCCGGUCUACGCUGAGGGAGAUGGAAAGACCAUGUCUGAAAAUGGAAAGACAAGAGCACUAGGAGGAGUGAAGAACCUGAGGGUGACUGACCCAACCAUGACCUCUCUGAAUGUGGGCUGGGAACCGGCUGAUGGAGCCGUCCGGCUCUACAAGGUCUUCUUUGUGCCCACUGCUGGUGGACAAGAGGAGAUGGAGCAAGUUCCUGCAGGGACAACUUCCAUCAUCCUCAGGAACUUGACGCCUGACACGCCUUACACGGUGUCUGUGUUACCGGUUUACCCUGCAAGGGAGGGAAAACGGCAAUCAGAAAAUGGAAAGACACUGCCUUUGAGUGGAGUCGCCACCAUGAAGGUGAGCAACCCGACCAUCACCACUCUCACAGUCACAUGGAAUCCAGCUGGCGGCAACGUUCAAGGUUACAAAGUGAUCUACUUCCCUACGGAUGGAGGAUCUGAGAUUGUGGAACAAGUGUCAGAGAGCACAACCAGGACCAUUCUGGAAAAGCUGUCACCAGACACCCGCUACACCGUCACCGUGGUUCCUGUCUAUGCAGAGGGCGACGGGCCGAGCCUGUCUGACACCGGAAAGACACGCCCACUGGGAUUUGUGAGGAACCUUCAGGUGACUGAUCCCACAUCCAGCACCCUGAAUGUCCGCUGGGAUCCCGCUGAGGGAAAUGUACGGGAAUACAUCGUGACCUGGGUGCCGGCGGCCGGAGGCGAGCAGGAUAUGGACCAGGUGUCUGGAUCCACAACCUCAACUGUCCUGAAGACCCUGGACCCUGACACAGAGUACACAGUCAGCGUGGUGCCCAUCUACCAUGAGAUGGAGGGCAAGACGAUGUCAGAAAACGGCAAGACGAAUCCUUUGGGUGUAGUUAAGAACUUGAAGGUGGUCGACCCAACAACCAACACUCUGACGGUUCGCUGGGAUCCAGCUGUGGGCAACGUCCGAAGCUACAAGGUCUUCUACUCAGCGGAACCCGAAGGAGAAGAACGAAUGGAGGAGGUGUCAGGAGGGACCACCAGCACCGUGCUGAGGAACCUGGACACCGACACGGUUUACAACGUGUCUGUUGUUCCCGUCUAUCCAAAGGAGGAAGGGAUACGCCAGUCUGAGAAGGGAAAGACAAAAGCCCUUGGGGGGGUGAAAGGUCUCCGGGUGACAGACCCUACCACCAAUUCGCUCAGGGUUCGCUGGGAACCAGCUGAAGGUGACGUGAGGCAGUACCGAAUCAUCUACGUCCCUGCUGCUGGAGGUCCUGAGCUCAUGACUCAGGAAUCUGGAAUGUCGACAAACACGGUGCUGAGAGACCUGAAGCCGGACACAAAGUACAGAGUGACACUGGUGCCUGUCUACAGCGACGCAGAGGGGAAACGCAUGUCGGAGAUUGGAAAGACCAAGGCCCUGGGCGGUGUGAAAAACCUGCAGGUCACUGAUCCCACCACCAGCUCCCUGAAGGUGCGCUGGGACCCAGCGGAGGGCAAUGUUCGGCAGUACCGCCUCUUUUACGUCCCCAAGACCGGCGGUGCAGAGGACAUGGAACAGGUCUCUGGUGGGACCACGAGCACUGUGCUGAGGAACCUGCUAUCAGACACGCCCUACACAGUGACUGUAGUCCCAGUUUACCCAGAAGGAGAAGGUCUGCGGCAGUCAGAUGAUGGAAAAACUUUGCCACGUACACCACCCAGGAAUCUCCAGGUGUACAACCCCACUCCCAACAGCCUGAACGUCCGCUGGGAGCCCGCCACAGGCCAGGUCCAGCAGUACCGCAUGGUUUACGCCCCCCUGAAUGGCGUCAGACCCGCUGAGUCGGUGCUGGUUCCAGCAAGUACUAACAACGGUUUUCUAGAUAACCUGAUCCCGGACACCCCCUACUCCGUCAGCGUUACGGCUCUGUAUGCUGACGGCAAGGGACCACUGGUGAAGAGCAACGGCAAAACCUUGCCCCGUACUGGUCCCAGGAACAUGCGUGUCUUUGAUUCCACCACCAACACCCUGACCAUCGGCUGGGACCACGCUGAGGGUCCAGUGAGGCAGUACAAGAUCAGUUACGCCCCCAUGAACGGAGACCCCGUCACAGAGUUUACUGCAGUUCCUGGGAACAGAAACAAUGCCAUGCUGCAGAACUUGUCACCAAACACCCCAUACAACAUCACCGUGGAGAGCGUCUAUGCCGAGGGCCCCGGAGGCUCCCUCAAUGGGAACGGACGCACAGUGGGUCUGCUGAGUCCCAGGAACCUUCGAGUGUCUGAUGAGUGGUACACCCGUUUCAGAGUGGCCUGGGAUGCGGCACCAGCUCCUGUGGAGGGAUACAAACUCAUCUACACACCAAAAGGCAAAGACCAGCCCGUUGAAUUCUUUGUUGGCGAUGUGACCUCGUACACGCUGCACAACCUGCAGCCUGGAACCACUUACGAUGUCAAAGUGUUGGCGCAGUACACCGGCGGCAUCAGUGGCCCACUCACUGGACAGGGAACCACACUCAAUCUGAACGUGAGCAACAUUGAAACCUACAACGUUGGCUCCAACACCUUCUGCAUCAACUGGACUCCUCACCGGGCAGCGACCUCCUACCGCAUUAAACUCAACCCUGCAGACCCCUCCACUAAAGGUCACCAGGAGAUCACCAUCCCCGCCGGUGUGCCUCAGUACUGCUUUGACGGUCUUUCUCCCGAUUCGCUCUACACGGCCACCGUCUUUGUCCAGACACCAAACCUGGAGGGUCCAGGAGUCAGUACCCAAGAGAGAACCCUGGAGAUGCCAACUCCAGUUCCAACACUCCCUCCAACUCCAGCUCCUCCACCCACCAUCCCCCCAGCGUGGGCAGUGUGUAAAGGUGCCAAAGCAGAUGUGGUUUUCCUCAUUGAUGGGUCCUGGAGUAUCGGUGAGGACAGCUUCAUUAAAGUCAUCCACUUUGUCUCGGGAAUCAUUGGCGCUUUUGAUGUCCUUGGACACUCAGGAAUGCAGGUUUCUUUUGUGCAGUACAGCGAUGAGGCCAAGACAGAGUUCAUGCUCAACGCUUACCAGGACAAAGGUGUCGCCAUGUCUGCGCUUUAUCACAUCCCCUACCGAGGAGGAAACACCAAAACAGGAGUGGCGCUGAAACAUUCAUAUGAGAAGGCGUUUUCUGUUGAGAACGGAAUGAGAAGGAAUGUCCCCAAGGUCAUGGUGGUGAUCACUGAUGGACGCUCUCAGGAUGAGGUGAAGAAGAACGCUGCCAAGCUGCAGAAUGCAGGUUACAGCGUUUUUGCCAUCGGAGUUGCCGACGUAGACUUUAAUGAGCUGCAGGAGAUCGGCAGUAAACCCAGCGACCGGCACGUCUUUGUCGUGGAGGACUUUGAUGCAUUUGACACCAUCAAAGAAAACCUGAUCACCUUCAUUUGUGAAACAGCCUCUUCGUCUUGUCCUUUGAUUUUUCUGAAUGGAUUCACAUCACCUGGUUUCAGGAUGCUUGAAGCCUUCAACCUGACAGAGAAGACUUACAGUUCUGUUAAAGGUGUCUCCAUGGAGCCUGGCUCCUUCAACAGCUACACAUCCUACAGGCUCCACAAGAACGCCUUCCUGACUCAGUCUUCCACAGACGUCCACCCCAAUGGUCUUCCCCACGCUUACACCAUCAUUAUAAUGUUCCGCCUGCUGCCCGACUCGCCCGCUGAGGCCUUCGACAUCUGGCAGGUGUCGAACAAAGAUCACAAACCUGAGACCGGUGUCACGGUCGAUCCCUCCAGUCAGACGGUGUCAUUCUACAACAAAGAUGAGCGAGGUGAGACCCAGAGGGUGACGUUCGACAACGAUCAAGUCAAGAGAAUCUUCCACGGAAGCUUCCACAAGCUCCACAUCAUGGUUUCGUCCACGAACGUCAAACUGAAUAUUGAUUGCCAAGAAGUGGCUGAAAAGGAGAUCAAGGAUGCUGGAAACAUGUCCAGUGAUGGCUACCAGGUUCUGGGCAAGAUGAGCAAGUCUAUCGGCUCCAAAGGAGAAUCUGCGAGCUUCCAGCUCCAGAUGUUUGACAUUAUCUGCAGCUUGGGCUGGACCACCAGGGACAGAUGCUGUGACCUCCCGUCCACGAGGGAUGAGCUGAAGUGUCCCGCGCUUCCAAACGCUUGCACGUGCACCUCGGACGCCUCGGGGCCUCCGGGGACUCAAGGACCAGUGGGAGCCCCCGGCAGCAAAGGUCCACGAGGUGAAAAGGGGGAGGUCGGCCCUGCGGGACCACUUGGUCCACGUGGAGAUAACGGACCACCUGGACCUAUGGGUCUGCCCGGCCCUCAAGGACCCAGUGGCUUGUCUAUUCCAGGAGAAGCUGGUCGCCCUGGACCAAAGGGGGAUCCCGGUGACUCGGGUCUACCUGGACAGAAAGGUUCACCUGGACCUCCUGGUUCUGCCGGCCCGAUUGGACCAGCUGGAGUGAGGGGCCCUCAAGGAAAGGAUGGACCAGCUGGACCCAGAGGCCCCGCGGGCCCCAUGGGUCCUCCAGGAUCACCUGGAGUACCAGGUGCUGCAGGAAAACCUGGAAACCCCGGUAACUCAGGUCCUCCAGGCUCCAUUGGACCCAAGGGAGACAAGGGAGAACGGGGUGACUUUGCACCUCAGAAUAUGAUGCGAUCCAUCGCCAGACAAGUUUGCGAGCAACUAGUCAAUGCACAAAUGACCCGUGUCAACACAUUACUGAACCAGAUCCCCAACGACAUGCACCGUAGCAAUAACCCAGGACCUGCAGGACCUCCCGGUCCUCCUGGCAUCCAAGGUCCUCGUGGUGAACCAGGACCCGUGGGGAGGAAUGGCUUCCCUGGAAGUCCUGGUUUACCCGGACAGCAGGGAGAAAGAGGUACUCCUGGAGAAAAGGGUGAACGAGGACAAUCAGUCAUCGGACCGAAAGGACCAAGAGGUCUUCCUGGCCCACCAGGUGAAAGCAGGACAGGACCUCCAGGUCCUCCAGGUGGUGCUGGAUCACGCGGUCCUCCUGGCCGUUCAGGCUAUCCCGGAGUCCGCGGACCUCCUGGUCCUCCUGGUUACUGCGACUCGUCUCAGUGUGUUGGCAUUCCAUACAACGGACAAGGAUACAUAGGAUAACCGCCAAAGGAAACCAUUAACAGCACAACAGCAGAUGGAGCCAGUACUAACAACGGCUCGAGACCCGUGGAGGAGCAUGCACCAAAAAACUACAACAAGCCAAACAAAUACUAACAAAGGUGGAUUUCUAACAGAGACACAAGUGCAACUACCAGCGCAUCAUCUGCAACAUUAAACGCAUUUCGCCCAAGGUGACCUUUGUAAAUACACUAAUCUGUGCCUUGUAAAUGAUGUUUAAAUCCAUUUAACAUCUGUACUUUUUUAAAGCUUGUGCUGCUUGCUGAAUGCCGAGAACUCCUUUUUUUUUUUUGCCGGCGUUGGGUUUGGAGCUGUUCUAACCUGCUCAGGGCCAUACUGAACCACUUCUGCACACGCGACUCCUGUGACCCUGCAGGUUUCACUGCAUCUGCCACUUCAUGUACAAAACUGUCCCAAAAACCAGAUCCACAUUCUGACACUCCAGUCCCAAAGAGUCCUCAGGCCCCGCGGUGAAACAACUUUGUGUUUGUGGGAAAAAUGUUUUAUUUCAUGAAUCUGACAGUUGCUCCAACUGGGACAACAUCUGGACUGAGAAUGGAGCCAUUUGUCUCCAUUAAGGCAAUAAUGUUUUCAAUAAAUAAUCUUUAAACUAUCACAAAGUUUCAAAACUGUUCAUUGUGGGGUUUUUUCAAAUCCAGAAAAAUCACAUUUUGGAUGCUGCUUUCUAUUAAAUAAUGACUUAAAUCAUUAAUUAUCUAAUUAUUUGAUCCCUUUGACAAUGUGAUGAUGACCGAAAGGGAACACAUAAAGUGUUCAAUGACGUGUUCAGCAGGGGCGUGUCCGAGCCGCCAGUCACUAACUCUGACCUUUGAACUCUGCUUAGCAUUAUUAAUUCAAAUGUGGUUUGAACAGAAUUUUUAAUUGGCCAUUAUAGCAAACUGGGUGGAGCUAGAAACCUGGCGGUGUUGUGGCUUGUUGUGUGUCAGAAUAAUUUAAUGUGAAGUUGUUUUGUAAAAAUGAACAGAACAUCCGCUAAUGAACGCAUCAUUGGAAUCCAUCAUUUGCAAACAAAGUUGAGUUGGUUAAGUGAUUUUAUUUUGUGUGGGAGGGUUUUGUUGGUUUUUGGGUGGUAUUUCAUUAUUUAUGUGCUUAAUGCAGAGUACCUAGCUAGCUAGAUGAUUUUUUUUUUAAAGCUGGUGAUGUGCUAGCUUGCUCAGCAAUUACAUCAAAAGGGCUAGGAUAAGCAGUUAGCUAGGUAGAGUGGUUGUUACCUAUAUACGUUCAGUUAUUUGCAAAGAAUUGUUCUUGUCCAUUUGUGUUUUACAGGGUUUUUUGUAAAACUACAUUUAUCCUUUAUGGAACCGCUUAUAUGCUAGCAAAGCAAAUUUUUUUUAGUGUAGCUUCCUUUAUGCCUCAUUCACCAACUUUAGCAAAAUGAUUCCUCACGAAAAGCCAUAACUUGUAGUUGGUCACGGUCAUAAUCAGUGUGUAGUUUGCACACACCCCUGCUGUUCACAAACCGUCUCUGCCGUAGCUACGCGUGGGGUGAAAACUAGCGUUUCGGCUAGCUUACUUCUUACUCAUGUUAAAACCAACUCAUUCAAUUGGCAUUAAAAAUUAUCUCCAACCAGGCCAGUUUCCACCUGAACCCAACACCCGAGUAGUGCCGGCCCCCGAGGAGGAUGAUGUUUCACGAUUCCAGCGUCGAAAGAGAUCGCUAUCAAGAACCAACAGGCUAACGUCAUAAGUACAAACUGUUUUCUUUUUGUUGUUCUCGUUCAACCUGUGUUUGUUAGACGUACAAAACGGGGUUUGACACCUCAGCUUAAUUGGGGGGAAAAAAUGACUAAAUCUUUAAGUGAUGCAUUUUGUGAAUAUUCAUCAUUUUGCCAGUUAAAGGGUUUGGAUGUGGGGGCGGAAUUUAAAAAAUGUUUUUUUUCAUUUGUCUUCUGCUUGUAAGAUAUUCGCAUCAAGAUUUUGUGAAGUAGCCGCGUAGAAGUAUUAAGAACGUCAGUGAUGGAAGAAAACUGUUGGAAAAUCGAUUUAUUUCUGUCACAUCCGCUAUGUUACGUUUAAAAAUCAAAUAAAAACCCCUUCAGUUAAAUGGCUUUGAUUUUAUAUCUCUAGAAUAAAUAUUUAUCAAAUAGCUUUAAUUUCUGUCACAGCUAAUUUUAGCAGCAGUGGAGUUGCAUGUCUGUGGUGUAUAUUUAGUAGACAUUUGUUACAUUUUGCUGUGUUUUAGUCAGAAUAUCAUUGCCAUCAUUUUUGUCAUUUUCUCAGUCUGAAAUGUGGUUGAAACCUGCGACAUCUGAACCUCAGAUUGUGAAUCUCACAGCCUUAAUUUCUUAUUUAUUUCUGAAAACAGAAGAGGCAUUUUUCAAUAAAACUACUGAAAAUUUA